AUAUUUUUCAUUCUUUGUUGGUUUUAUAUUCACGGUUCUAUAUUCACGUUUAGAAAAACAGCAUUUGUCUUUUAAAAAAAUAAAAUAUGUUUCCCAUUGGACAGCUGCCUUUUCCCAUUAAUGUACAGAAAUACAUUCCCCAGCAUGCAACUGAUGCCAGGGAGCAUGCGUAAUAGUGUUCAACAACCAUAGACAAAGGCCCCUUCUCAGCUUCUGAACAUGCUCAGUGGUAGCCACGCGCCCACGCCGUCUUGCAGGGUCUUGGGCAUCAUGGCGGAGACAGAGGUCUCGCAAACUACCCGGAUCCCGCAGACUAGCGCUCCUUCCUCCGCCACCUCCUCUGCAGUUACAACGCCGCCGGUAGUAGGGGGAAGCGGAGCUGGAGGAAGCACCAGUGACCCGGUCCGUCCAGGAUUAAGUCAGCAGCAGCGCGCGAGCCAGCGCAAGGCGCACGCGCGGAGCUUCCCGCGGGCAAAAAAGCUGGAAAAGCUGGGAGUAUUUUCAGCAUGCAAGGCUAAUGACUCUUGCAAGUGCAAUGGUUGGAAGAACCCAAAUCCUCCCACAGCUCCCCGUAUGGAUUUGCAACAAACAGUCACCAAUCUUAGUGAACCAUGCCGUAGUUGUGGACAUACACUAGCUGACCAUGUUUCUCAUCUGGAGAAUGUCUCUGAGGAAGAGAUCAACCGUCUUCUGGGGAUGGUGGUAGAUGUGGAGAACCUCUUCAUGUCUGUGCAUAAAGAGGAAGACACAGACACCAAACAAGUUUAUUUCUACUUGUUCAAGCUUCUAAGAAAAUGCAUUCUACAGAUGAGCCGUCCAGUCGUUGAGGGCUCUCUUGGGAGUCCCCCCUUUGAGAAGCCAAACAUUGAGCAGGGUGUCUUAAACUUUGUACAAUAUAAGUUCAGCCAUCUACCUCCUAAGGAGCGACAAACCAUGUUUGAGCUUUCUAAAAUGUUUCUUCUUUGCCUAAACUAUUGGAAGCUAGAAACGCCAUCCCAAUUCCGCCAGCGCUCCCAAAAUGAUGAUGUGGCAACAUACAAAGUCAACUACACGCGGUGGUUGUGUUAUUGCCAUGUUCCCCAGAGCUGUGACAGUCUUCCACGUUAUGAGACCACCCAGGUCUUUGGGCGCAAUCUCCUCAAGUCCACUUUCACGGUUACUCGCAGGCAGCUGCUUGAAAAAUUCCGAGUGGAGAAAGAUAAACUGGUGCCAGAGAAACGGACCCUCAUUCUCACUCACUUCCCCAAAUUUUUGUCAAUGCUGGAGGAAGAAAUCUAUGGGGAGAGCUCCCCAAUCUGGGAAGCUGACUUCACUAUGCCUGCAACUGAAGGAGCUCCACUUGUACCCCGGCCAGCUAUCAGCACUGUUCCUGCAGCUAGCACUCCUUUGUUCAACAAAUCUCUGAGCUGCAGCUCAUCUUUGACAUCUAUUAAUCUGGAUGGGAGCUCACUGGAUUCUGUGCCAGGUGAGAAAAGGAAGCUUCCAGAAAGUUUGACCCUUGAGGAUGCAAAGAGAAUUCGUGUGUUAGGUGAUAUUCCAAUGGAGCUUGUUAAUGAAGUGAUGCUGACCAUUACUGAUCCGGCCGCCAUGCUAGGGCCUGAGACUAGUCUCUUGUCAGCAAAUGCAGCCCGGGAUGAAACAGCCCGCCUAGAGGAACGGCGUGGCAUCAUCGAAUUCCAUGUCAUUGGCAACUCACUUUCUCAAAAAUCAAACAAGAAGAUUCUUAUGUGGCUGGUUGGGCUGCAGAAUGUUUUUUCACAUCAGCUGCCUCGAAUGCCCAAGGAAUACAUCACCCGCUUGGUUUUUGACCCCAAGCACAAGACUCUGGCGUUAAUCAAGGAUGGUCGAGUGAUUGGCGGGAUCUGCUUUCGGAUGUUCCCAACACAAGGAUUCACCGAGAUUGUCUUCUGUGCCGUCACAUCUAAUGAGCAAGUCAAGGGCUAUGGGACUCACCUUAUGAACCACCUGAAGGAGUACCACAUCAAACACAGCAUUCUCUACUUUCUCACCUAUGCAGAUGAAUAUGCCAUUGGCUAUUUCAAAAAGCAGGGGUUUUCAAAAGAUAUCAAGGUCCCCAAGAGCCGCUACCUUGGCUACAUCAAGGACUACGAAGGAGCCACCCUGAUGGAAUGUGAGCUAAAUCCUCGGAUCCCCUACACAGAGCUUUCACACAUUAUCAAGAAGCAGAAAGAGAUUAUCAAGAAGUUGAUAGAGAGAAAGCAAGCUCAGAUCCGUAAAGUCUACCCUGGCCUCACUUGUUUCAAAGAAGGCGUUCGACAUAUCCCAAUUGAAAGCAUCCCAGGCAUCCGGGAAACAGGAUGGAAGCCUCUGAAUAAAGAAAAAGGAAAGGAGCUCAAGGAUCCAGACCAGUUGUAUACCACUUUGAAAAAUCUUCUUGCCCAAAUCAAGACCCAUCCUAGUGCAUGGCCAUUUAUGGAACCCGUGAAGAAAUCCGAAGCUCCUGACUACUAUGAGAUUAUCCGCUUUCCCAUUGACCUGAAGACGAUGACAGAAAGGCUCAAGAAUCGUUAUUACAUUACCAAGAAGCUCUUUAUUGCUGACUUGCAGCGUGUCAUUACCAACUGUCGGAAUAAGUUGACAAGAACACUUACUAUUCAAGAAUUACCAUCUGUCACAUAUGGGGACGUGUUAGGGUUUAAAAGAUUGCCUUGGAGGACAACGAUUGGUCCCCAAACAAGGAGUUUCCCAUUCUGUUUAUGAAGCAGGACCUUCUCAUCUUAAGCAAAAUUAAAUCAAAUCACCACUUCCUCUAAGAUCAGUUUUUACCCUUCUCUUAUGUUUCAUAAGAUACUUAUGUUUAUUUACUUCUUAGAUUUAUAUACAGUUUUUUCCCCAAGAUCUUAUACCUGCAUGUACAACAUUCCAAUUGUCCUCAACAACCCUGAGAAGUAAUUGGUACAAAGAUAACAACUGGCCCAUGGUACCUAAUGUAAAAUGAAUAGGGAAUGGCCUUGAGGGACAAGAGGAAAAGCUCCAAGGAAGGCAAUGGUCAGAUAAGCAGAGCCUAAACUAAUCAAGAAAAUAUUGAGAAAACUUUCAAUCUCCUCCCUAGUUCACACAAAGAUAAAGUGAGGAAGGGGAAAACAUAUUCAGAUUUACAAGGUUGAUAGGAUGGGAUGGGAUAGGAUAAUUGUUACAAUAAAAGUCCUGAACUUUUGGAAUACUGCAUACUGCAGUAUACAAUUCUACAAAAGUAUGUGGUCACUAUAAUAUAAAAAAUACGUUGAGAUUCUAGAAAGAGUGCAGAGAAGAGCAACGAAGAUAAUUAGGGGGAUGGAGGCUAAAACAUAUGAAGAACGGUUGCAGGAAUUGGGCUUGUCUAGUCUAGUGAAAAGGACUAGGGGUGACCUGACAAGUAUUCCAGUAUUAGAGUGGCUGCCACAAAGAAGAGGGGGGGUCAACCUAUUUUUGAAAGCAAGACAAGAAUGGUUGGAAACUAGCCAAGAAGAGAAGCAACCUAAGAAAUUUCCUCGGAGUGAGAACAAUAAACCAGUGGAAUGGCUUGCCUUCAGAAGUUAUGGGUGCUCCAUCACUGGAGGCUUAUAAAAAGAGUGGACAACUGUUUGUCUGAAAUGGGCCUUCUGCUUGAGCAAGGGGUUGGACUAGAAGACUUGCAAGGUCCCUUCCAACUUUGCUAUUUUGUUAUUCUAUUGGUUUCAUAAUAUGGUCACCUUGUUGGGUUGGUACCUAUUGAGCUUUCACAAUUAAGGAUUAUUCUAAAUAAUUAUGCUGCUCCUCUUUUCCUGUCCUGCCUUUCACAUAUUGCAAGAUAGUGUUCAAAAAGUCCUUAGAAUUAUUUGUAUAUUUUAUAUGAAGAAACAGGAUUCUGUUAUUUAUUUAUUUAUUUUAUUUUUAUUUUAUUUGCAUUGAUAUCCCGCCCUUCUCCGAAGACUCAGGGCGGCUUACACUAUGUCAAGCAAUAGUCUUCAUCCAUUUGUAUAUUAUAUACAAAGUCAACUUAUUGCCCCAACAAUCUGGGUCCUCAUUUUACCUACCUUAUAAAGGAUGGAAGGCUGAGUCAACCUUGGGCCUGGUGGGGCUUGAACCUGCAGUAAUUGCAAGCAGCUGCUGUUAAUAACAGACUGUCUUAGCAGUCUGAGCCACUCAAGGACCCUUAUCUGCUUAGAUUAAGCAUAUACAUUACUUCUAUUAAUUAUGCCCUUAAUUACUUGAAAUGUUGGUUUGUCUGUUUUGGUUGUUUACCCCUUCCAAACUUUUAAAUUUUUCAGAUAAAAGUGUAUCCGAAAUAGAACUAGAAAUGAAUCUUUCCUUUUUUGAUAAAAAAAUUGUGAUUGAAGUUUUCAUUUUUGUUUUAAACUGAACAUCAAUAGGCAAUAUGGAAGAUAUACACUAGGAAUAUCCAUAGGAGGAGACUGUUUUAAUUCAAUAUAGAAAUUGUGUUCCUUGCGCACAGAAUGGAGUUCCUAUGUGCGUGAAUACAUGAUACAGACAUAAUACUAAGAUUAAUUCUUAAAGACCAGAAGUAGCAAUUUCUAAGGCUUGGCAGUUGGGCAAUUUCUACCACUGAAGUACUGCCAUUACUAGAAAGAGGUGUUGCUAUGUAUUAUUGAGCUACUUCUAUGAUGUCUCUCACCUCUUAUGUUCAAAAAAAGUAGCACCUGGCCUGAAGGAGUGGGAAUGAUCGAAGUGUAUCAGUUGAAGCAGGCAGCUCUUCACAAGAAGUUCUCUGCGUAGUUGACAUGUUAUACAGCAUUGUUAUCUUUAUAAAUAGCUCCUUUUUUUAGUUCUUUUGUUAUCAUUGCAUGAACCCAGAGCUUAAAAUUCUACAAUAGAGCAGUUCUCUCCUCGGGGAGAGAAAAGGAACUCAAAACAACUGGGUGGUGAAAAGAUUGCUAUUAUAGACAUUCCUAUGCGACCAGAGGCGGUGGGUGGCUCAGUGGGUAAGAUGCUGAGCUUGUCAGAAGGUUGGCGGUUCAGCAAAUCCCUAGUGCCACGUAAUGGAGUGAGCUCCCGUUACUUGUCCCAGCUUCUGCCAACCUAGCAGUUCAAAAGCAUGCAAAAAAUGCAAGUAGAAAAAUAGGUACCACUUUGGUGGGAAGGUAACAGUGCUCUGUGGGCCUUUGGCAUUUAGUCAUGCCGGCUACAUAACCACGGAGACGUCUUCGGACAGUGCUGGCUCUUCAGCUUAGAAACUAAGAUGAGCACCACCCCCUAGAGCCGGAAACGACUAGCACGCAUGUGUGGGGGAACCUUUACCUUAUGCGACCAGAAAGUGGUAUGGGGCAAAGCAUUCCUAUAACUUGUUCAUGCUUUUCAUCUUAUGAAAUGGGUUUUUUUUUUCUAUGAAUGUAUCUUUCCAUCAUCCUUCAGCAAUUCUAUGACUAUAUUUCAGAAUACUUCCUUAGGUUUCAAACAAGUGUCUAUGGAGUUGCGUAAUAAAAUAACCA